UUCAAGAGAAAGAAAAUGCCAAACGACACCGUGUGCUUUCGUCCAGGUAAGAUAAACGCACAGGGCGCUUUCUCUCUCAUCUGUAACCCGCGAUGUGAAGCGGCCGUGAUACUCGUCGACUCCAAGAGGAAGAGGAAGAAGAAGAAGAAGAAGCUGGAUAGAGAAGCAGAAGAGCAAGAAGAACAAGUACCCAGAAUGCAGGAUCCGCCAAACCCAAACAAAAACAUCAAUCCUAAAACUAACCCAACUCCAGAAACCCAAAACUUUCCUUAUGGUCAAGCACAACCAUUUUAUUUCCGAAGUUAUUGUCACCGUCGUGCCCAUUCCGAGGUUCAUUUCCGUCUUCCGGAAGACCUGGAUCUUGUAUCGGACCCAUUCGAAGGCCCAUCAGGAAGCACUUUCGAUGAGCUCGGAUCCGAAGAUGACAUCUUCUGCACUUACAUGGAUAUUGAAAAGCUCGGAUCCAGACCUGAUGAAGGUCCCUCUGGCCUGAAACCUGACAAUGCGGUUAAUGGGUCAAGUGGUGGCGGCGGAGGAGACGAGGUGGACGGAGAGAAGAAUGUGAGACCCAGGCAUAGGUAUAGCAAUUCGGUUGAUGGGUCUUCGAUUAUGGAGUCUAUAGAGGCAAAGAAAGCUAUGGCUCCUGAUAAACUCGCUGAGCUCUGGACUGUCGAUCCAAAACGAGCCAAAAGGAUAAUUGCAAAUCGACAGUCUGCGGCUCGGUCAAAAGAGAGGAAAGCCCGCUAUAUGUCAGAACUUGAAAAAAAAGUUCAGACCCUUCAGACAGAAGCAACUACACUUUCUGCACAGCUCACGCUUUUCCAGAGAGAUACAACGGGCCUGAGUACUGAGAACACUGAGCUUAAGCUUCGGUUACAUGCUAUGGAACAACAGGCUCAAUUACGUGAUGCUCUGAAUGAGGCACUAAAGAAGGAAGUAGAGAGACUUAAGAUUGCCACCGGAGAAAUGAUGACACCAACAGAUCACUAUAAUUUGGGAAUGCACCAUGUGCCAUAUACCCAAUCUUCCUAUUUUCAACCUCAGUCGCAAACUAGGCCAGUUAACACCCAAAACAUGCAAAUGCCACCACAGUUUCAUCCCUUUCAGUCUAACAUACCAACUCCAAAUCAGCCUAUGGGUGCUGCAUCACAUUCACAUGCCUUCCCAGAGAUGUUGCCGCAGGAUCCUCUUGGGCGAAUGCAGGGGCUUGAUAUUGGUAGCAGAAGCACUCUUCUAGUUAAAUCAGAAGGUCCAUCAAUUUCUGCUAGUGAAAGCAGCAGCAUCUGAUGCAAGGUUUGCUGGUUUACGCUCUGCUCCAUCGUAUUUGUUGGAUUGUCCAUAGACUGACAUUAUUGACAGACUAAGGUAGUAUUCUUUUCACUUCGAUUCUUUACUUGAGUGGGAUUUUUUCGGUUUUUGGUUGACCAGCUAUUUAAGAUGAGAAGUUUUCUGUGUUGGAAUGAAAUUUGCAUUUCUCGGGGUUUAAUGAGGCUGGAAUAGAAGGUUGUUCCUGUCGGAGAUGCAUCUUUCAUGCUUAGUCCUCCCCAUGCUAGAUUUCGUUUGUUACUAUUCAAAAUUGUAUGUUCAGAACAAUGAAAAAUUUUUUAUUCACUCAAUAAUUUCAAUGGACGAUCUCUCUUUCUCUCCCA